UGGGACUAGGCUGGAUCUCUAGGUGUGACCACUUGACGUUCACAAAAAGGUGACAUUUUCAUCCAAAGUAUAUUACAGUUCAUUUCAUUGUUGUCUGCAGCUGCAUUCAGAGCCAGAGGUCUCAAAUUUCAAGUUCGGAGUGCCGUCAGUUCAGGCAGUUAAAACCUAAGUUUUACUCCGUUUGUUUUUGGUUUUGUAUUUUUUAAAUCAUGAAAAGUGUGCUGAUUGCUGUUCUUAUUCAUUCUCUUCUUGUACAUGGAUUACCUCGGCCAAAGCGGUAAGUGGACAUUUUUUAAAUCACAUUUUCCAACUGAAAAAGAGAAACUGAUUAUCUUUGUUGUAAGAAAUAUUAAAAUCGUAUAGUAUCGCAGGGCGGUAGGAAGCUCUUUUCGAUUGGGGGGGCUGAAAGCGAGGGCCGAAGGCCCGAGGAAAUUUUUAAAUUUAGAGUCUCUAAAAUGCCAUUUCCUGGACUUUGGGGGAAGAUUUAACGGAAUUCUGAUAGUCAGAAAACAGCGUUUUAGUAUGUCGAAAUUUACAGGAAAGUAUGGGCCAGACUGUAGUAUUAUAAAUGCGCGGCGGGAAUUUUCGUCGUAAAUGGCAGUUGCGCGGAAAUGAAGGCAGAACAUUUGAGAAAAUUUCGAAAAUCUGGAGUCUCUAGAUGGUCUGAAAUGGCAUUUUCAGAGUUUUCUUUCGCCAGACCCAACACGCAAAAGACAAAAUAAAUCAUUAGUUCAUCAAAAAUGUGCAGAUUUUGUGGGAUUUUCUUGAAAAUGCGCGACAGAAAUUCAGCUAAGAUUUCUACGCGAGGAACGAUCUGGAGUAUGAGUAAUAUCUUCAUUCUUUGCAGUUUGUCACAGAUUAAAUGAUAAAGUUUGCAUGAUUUUGAAAAAAGAAUGAUUAUUAGCAAAUUAUUGGGGGGGGGCUGCAGCCCCCCCCCCGGUUGCUACGGCCCUGUUAAUCGAACCCAUUCAAACGUGCGGGUUGCUACGGCCCUGUUAAUCGAACCCAUUCAAACGUGCGGGUUAACUGCAACUUAUUGCAAGUAGUAUAAACAAGGGCGUCAUGCCUUGGGGGAGACGAGGGGGGUGGCACUUUUUGGUCAUUUAUAUAUAGACUAUAUAACAAAGUCGUCUGUUGACCGACUUUGGAUUUUCUGGCAUUUUGAAAAUUAGUCGAAAGUUUACUCGAAACCUUGUAUCACAUAAUUAUAUUAACCUUUAUUUUAUAUUUCAUUUUUUUGUUGCAUGGGUUUCCAAAUUUACCUCCACUCUUCAUGGUUUUUCAUUCGUUUAUUUCAUAUGUUCGUAGGUUGGUAAAGAGAGCUGCAAACCUUAAUCCCGGAUUCAACCUGGAGGCAUUCCGCCAAGACCAACUGGACCUACACAAUCAUUACAGACAGCUUCAUGGUGUUUCUCUGAUGACCAAGGAUGACACGUAAGGAACUAAACUGAAUUUUACUUUAUUUCCUUCAUUAACAAGUGCAACCGUCUAUCAGAAAGCGUCGGAUUGUGGGAAUGCAACGAGAAGAAUACAAGAAAAACGUCGCCGGACGUUUUGAACGAAGGCUAUCCCUGUCAAUCUGAAGCUUUCUUAUUAUUGCCACUAUACCUACACUGCAGGACAUUUUUUAACAAUAUAACUGCUGGGGCAUUUACCCCAGUAGGCUCUUUGCUUGCCCCAGUAGUGAACCAAUAUUUUCAGAUGAGCUGGGCCCUUUUGAUCAUUAAUAAAAAAUCAGUCCUUGUUGAAAAAGCUACGUUUUCAUGCUUUCUCAUAUCCUCUCACAUUUUUGACAUUCCAUCUUAUAUAAAGGUCAGCAUAGCAUGGUCUAUGUACGCAUAACUGUGUGAGGAAAAAGCCUUCAUUAAAAAAUGCCCUGCUACACUGGCAUAUACCGUAUAUAGUGAACGAUUGAUAUGGCCGUAUUGGAUAGUAAAUAGCCUGGUGAUGGAAGCGAUACGAAGUAGGAUCAUUCAUUCCAUGCAGUCAAGUAAUAAAGUCGUGUGUGGUCGGUUUUGGUUAAACUGUAAAACAAAAAGUCCAAACUGCGCACUUUCCAAGUGUGCAUUUGUUUAAAUUCUUGACGAUUCUUUAAAAUUUACCUAAAUAUUAUUUUUUAACUUUUUCAUGCUUCUAUCUUCUUUAGGAUGACCCAAGAAGCUCAAGAUUACGCGGAAUAUUUGGCAGAGAAAAAUUUAUUUCAACAUUGUGGCCGAGGUGAAUCCUGUAAUCCUGGCGGAGCUGGGGAGAAUUUAGCGUAUGCUGGGGGCCACAUGUCUGUCGAGACCAACGCCACAUUGAGAUGGUAAGAGAAACAUGGUAAAAAUGGUUGGCAAGGAAAUGAAGAGAGGGCAAAAUAAAGAAGGUUCGGGAACCAUAGGAAUAGGAAACAAGUCUAUCGGCACAUAUACCUGCAUGAACAGGCUUUGUGAUUGGUUGAUCAUGACAAUAAAAGACAAUAAACUAUGUUGAAGGGAUUAAAUCAUUUGUCUGUAUUGUUCAUCUGGAUUACUUAUAUGCCAAAACUUUUAUUUAUUUAUUUUUUUAUCAGCUUUAUUGGACAUAAAAAUUAUAGAUUACAAGGUGAUCUAUUUACAGUAAAUAUAUAUACAUAAUGCAAUUUAGGAACGAUGGCAGGAGCAGUCGCGUGUGAGUGACCAAGUGCAUCAGUGGCAUAUCCACAUUAAAAGUAUCCUUGACCAAGUUGGAGUAUGUCGUGUGCAGGAAGCGUUUAAAAAUAACUAGGCUGGCGCAUUUUUCUGUGGAGGCUAUUAACAGUUCAGCCGGAAACCAUUUUCAAAGACUUGACAGUUUAUUACAAAAAGAAAAGGAAAAUAAACUAUAGAAGUCAUAUUCCUAAUGAAAGAAUCAUUAACACUAAUCGAUUUUGUUUUAGAGAACCAAUCACAAAAAAUGUGUUCAUAUUAGGCAGGUACUUACCGGAAAAUUGUAUAGGUGGCACCUUUCUUCAGCGAACAUGCAUCUCUGGUUUUGAUGUCAUCACCCCUAUAUUAACUGACACGCAUCCAGAUUGAAUGGAACUUACUCAAGGUUUUAUACUCGAACUUGCUGCGGUGGCUGGAACAUUGAGAGUCAGGCAAUUAAAAGUUUUUCCUAAUUCCUGUUUCUUUUUAACUUCACCAGGUAUGAAGAAGUGUAUGAUUACAACUACUGCACAUGGCCGCAAGGAAGGGCAACGACGAGACCUGGUCGAGAAGGAAAGAUGGUCGGUCAUUUCACACAGGUUGGUGCUGGUUGUAACAAAAAUUGUUGAUCCUAACUUUUGCUUUCUUUAUACAAUCAUGCAAAGGUGGAAUGACAACCCUGGUGUUUAUUCGUAAGCAAUUUUUCUUGAUGACGCAUACUCCAUUAUCAUAUAUAUAGAAUCUCCUUCAACUUACUAUAGGUUUUCUAGUGACAGAAUCUAACCUUAAUCUUCCCAAAAAGUACUCCACCUUUAUAACUUUGUUGCAAUUAUAGUGUUUGUAUUAUAUUUUGGAACAAUUUUUCAGUGAGGAAUUAUGGAUAUCAUAUACAGGGCACGAUUACAUAUUAAACAAAUACCUUGAGUUGAAAUGAUAAGGGACGAGUCAUUGUUACUGUAACAUUAUUGUGAAUAUAUUAACUGUUUUCCAAAUGAAAAUCUAGAUAGUGUGGACGACCUCUGUCAGGCUUGGCAUUGGAUACGCUCGUAAUUUCGACCGAACCAAAGUCUACGUUGUGGCUCGUUAUUCGCCUCCAGGGAACUUUAUUGGACAGUAUGAUAAUAAUGUGCCUAAAGCAUCUUAUCUAUUGGACACCUUUCAAGAUAAUUGCAAUGGUUAGUUUCACAUGAGCGUACGGGCCUAAUCCUUUCUUGGGCCACUUGAAAUUUUGUUUUGAAUAUUUGCCCCAAUUUUGUUAAUUGUACCCAGCAUUGACCCGAAUUUACUUGCAUGGUUUUCAUAGCAAUUGGAGUGGGGUUUCCUCCCUGCAACUUCCCUGUCUCGUACGCCUAUGAAUUUAUGGUUAGUAGUGUUAAUAUCCCAAACAUGUUAUAAGUAAGGUAAAAUUAUCCGGUAAGCUGUCGUGGUUUUGAUCCAAACUAGGACAAAGAUUUUGAAUGCAAUAAUUUUUAGGUAUUUAUGGUGGUUUAACUGCUUGGUCAGAGCCUGGUCCUUGCACUAAACCAUGUGGUAAAGGAGUUAGGUUUGAGACUAGAUCAUGCACCAAUCCUAAACCUUCAUUCAAUGGUCGUGAUUGUUCUGGGGAAACCAAGAGGCUAUAUCCAUACUGGUGCAACUCACAGGUAGGCUCUGGAAUUUGAUAAUAAUGAUGGUCACGGUAGCCUGUGCACAUCCUGUAUUACCCUGUAUUAUGGUAGUAAUGAUGAUGAUGAUGAAAACUGUUCUUCCUUAAUUAAGGGUAGAUUGUGAUAUGCUUAUGGAGUCGAUUUUAAUUGUUUGACGAUAUAUUCUAUUUUCCUAUCAUCGUUUGUUUUAAGACAUGUACAACAGAAGUGAAUGAACGUAAUGAGCAGUGUAGACAACGAGGAUACCUACCACAAGCAAACAACUUUCGAGGAUCAAGUACGUACUUCAAAGACUCAUGCUGUGAUAAUUCUGUAAUGACAUUUCUGUUGAUUGUGAAGUUCAUAUCAUCCGAGCUAGGACGCAAGAUUUAGUUUACGUAGUUAUUAUUUGUGUUAGAGCUGAAUGCUGUUCCAAACACAUCAACUCUUGCGUUCUUAAUUACCCUCUUUAUUACUUCGGAAACAAACGCCCAUAAAUUAACUCUCAAUUAUAUUAUCGCUUUGAAUUUCUCGGCACUUUGUUCGCCAGUAAUAAACGCAUUAGUACAUAUCGAUAAUAUUUUUAGUAAGAAAUACCUACAAAUUCAAAUAAUUUUAAUGAAAUAAUAACUCCCUUUACAAAUGCCAGAAUUCCCUUUACAAAUGCUAGAACUCCCUUUUCGAAUGCCAGAACUCCCUUUUCGAAUGCCAGGACUCCCUUUUCGAAUGCCAGAACUCCCUUUUCAAAUGCCAGAACUCCCUUUUCAAAUGCUAGGACUCCUUUUUCAAAUGCCAGAACUCCCUUUUCAAAUGCCAGAACUCCCUUUUCAAAUGACAGAAUUCCCUUUUCAAAUGACAGAACUUCCUUUUCAAAUGCCAGAACUCCUUUUUCAAAUGCCAGAACUCCCUUUUUAAAUGCCAGAGCUCCCUUUUCAAAUGCCAGAACUCCCUUUUAAAAUGCCAGAACUCCUUUUUCAAAUGCCAGAACUCCCUUUUUAAAUGCCAGAACUCCCUUUUCAAAUGCCAGAACUCCCUUUUCAAAUGACAGAACUCCCUUUUCAAACGCCAGAACUCCUUUACAAAUGCCCAGAACUCCCUUUUCAAAUGGCAGAACUUGGUUUUCAAACGCCCGAAUUCCGUUUCAAAGUUAAACAUGGAAAAAAAUUCUUUCUUUUUCCAGACGAAUGUAAUUUACAUUGCCGCCAGUCACUUGAAAACACAUUGUACAUUGCACGAGGACAGGUGGAUGAUGGAACACUUUGUAAGGACAAGAGCGGGGCAUGCAUCAAUGGAGCAUGUAUCUUACUUCAAAAUGAGCCAGAAAGUCCUGCAACCACGAAGCCGCCUGCCACAACCACCAAGCCGCCUGCUACAACCACCCCACCCCAAACAACACAGUCUAUCCCUAUGACUACAGAAAUGGACAAAACACCCACCGCCGCCCCUCCAACUACGUCCUUCCUUACGCCUUCCGAUUCUUCACUACCACCCACCACUCAGCCAGGCCCCAAGGAAACAACGACUAAAGCCACCACCGCACCUCCAGCGACAACGAAAGCAACAACAACAAAAACAGUCACACAAACACCAUCAGGUGACAAAUUAUAUUCACUUCAAUUUUUUUACUUUAAUAUGACUACCAAAUGCUUCACAUAUAACAUUAACGAUUUAGUCAACACAAGUCCUCAUUAAUUGAGAAAUAUUUUUUGUUUUUUCAGUGACAAGUGGAGGUUACUCUGAAUGGUCUCAGCCUGGUCCGUGCUCAAAACCCUGCGGUGGUGGUAUCCGUUUUAGAACAAGAACAUGUUUAACUCCUGGUGGAGGAUGUAUUGGUCCCAGCAGAGAGCUUUAUAAAAUAUGGUGUAACCCACAGGUAUGGGCACAGAACUACGUUAAUUUCCACCUUUCCUUAAAAGUACCAAACUCAACAUUAUUGAUAUAUGCCGGAUUGAUCGUCAGUUUUUCUACUUUCAACCAACAUUCUUUAUACUUGGUAGGACUAUUAAUUCUUAAUUAUUUUCCUUGGACGUUUCAGUAAGGCUCAUUCGUUACUGCAGACGGAUCUUUCCAAUUUUAUUUAUUGUAUUAUUUUAUUGUAUUCUUCUAGCCUUGCAGUCCACGAAAACAAGAACGAAAUAUGCAAUGUGAAGCAAGAGGGCAUCUGCCUGAGGCACAUAACUUUGGCGGAGCAGGUCAGGAUAAUUUAAACUGUAUUAGUUUGGUAUAUUUUGGUAUAUCUAACAACUAACUUUGUACAAAGUUGACUCUCGCGGUGAUAAAUUAUUCUGAUAUACUUUUGAAUAUAAUUCAACUAGAAAAAUAUAACGAUAAUAAUCAUUAAACGAUUCAAUUUCUUUACAGAUGAAUGUAACUUAUACUGUCGAAGCACACAGUCCGGUCAGCGUCUCUUCUACUACCGAGGAUCAGUAGACGAUGGCACACAUUGCAACAAGGAUACUGGAGCUUGCAUGGACAACGUUUGUGUGCCUAUGAGUUUUGAACCUGGUAAGGGUGGUCUAUUUAUCUUCUACUUCAAACCCGAUUAAGUUUAUUUAACUGCAUAAACUAGCCGCAUAGCUUUAUCAGUUAUUUUCCAUGGAUAUCUAGUAAGGACCUUUCCUAAUUGAUCCAGUGUGAAAGCAAACUAGGAUGGUUCUCGCAUGCGACUAAAGCCCGGUUUACACUGUCAAAGUUUCUGUGAUCACAUUUGCAUCGAUAAAUUCUGCAUUUUAAAGGAUUUGUAAGAAAUGUUUGAGAGAACUGACUCACUGUUAAACACUGAGUCAGUUCCCUCAAACAUUUCUUACAAAUCCUUCAAAACUUAUAAAAUUUACCUACGCAAAAUUCCUACUGUGAUCACAGAAACUUUGAUAGUGUAAACCAGGCUUAAGACGAAACUAUAAUUAGAGAUCAGGGAAGGUAAAAGCCAUAUGCACCAGCCGAUGUGCCACUAAUAAUUGUAGCUUUCUGUUGCAGGUAUGGAGAUCGAGGGAGAAUAUAAAGAAGUGCCUACGGGUUCAUACUGGAAUGAUGUUAUUGUUACCAUACCAAACGGAGCCAAGAACGUUCAAAUUAUUCAUAAUGGUCUUAGCACUUUUGCUGGUAUGGAGUUUUAAAUUAAGUUGAUCACUGAUCAAGCAUUAAGUCAUGUAUAAUCGUCACAUGUAUAGUAUAUCGUUACUUGUAUAUAUAUAUACAGGGUGUAUCAAAAAAAGCGCAAUCCUCGACUGAAAUGUAAAUUGCUAAACAAAUAAUAGACGAAAACGUUAAAGUUUACAUUCAUUUUGAAGCGUAGCCAUUC